UUUUUAUGUAAACAUCUAAAAUAUCUAACUUUAUCUUUGCAGAUACAUAUAUCCAUGGACCCCCAGCAAAUACUGAAAGCUACUGCAUUUAUGCUUUUAAUGAUAAUAGGUAUCCCAGGAAAUUUGUUUAUUUUAGUUCAAUUUACUUACAUUAGACUAAAGGAGAGGAAAUUAUUAUCAAAUAAUAAAAUAUUGACAGUGCUCUCCUUUAAUAAUUUUCUGAUUAUCAUAGCACGUGUUAUUCCACAGACAUUGGAUGCUAUUGCAGUUGAGAACUUGCUUGAUGAUACAGAGUGCAAACUUGUCCUAUACACUUAUAGAGUUAAUAGGGCAAUGUCUAUAGGUGUUACCAGUUUACUAAGCUGCCACCAAUGUAUUCUUAUUGCUCCAAUGACAGGAAUGUGGGUGUACCUUAAACAAAAAGUGUUAAAAAAUCCAACUAUUAUAAUUUUGUUCUUUUGGAUUAUGAAUCUCUCAACUUACCCUGUCUUUGUCAUGAAUGCCCAUGCCAGGAAAAACAUAUCCGCAGCUUAUGCCCUUCAUGUGAUAUAUUGUGAUGCUGAAUUCCUAAACCAGAUAUCUUAUAUUGCCAAUGGAGUUUUUUACACUGUUCGGGAUUUGAUUUUUGUGACACUAAUGAUUGGGGCAAGCAGCUACAUUGUAUUGACUUUGUUUAACCAUGAAAAAAGUAUGAGAAAAAUGAAGAGUUUGAACAAUCCCCAAAGGAGAUCAGCUAUAGAUAAAGCUUCAAGAACUGUCUUUUUAUUGGUAGCCCUUUAUGUCUUGCUUUUCGGAUUAGAUAACUCUUUGUGGAUCUAUACAUUAACCGUACCUAAAGUGGAGACUGAAAUCAAUGACAUUCGUAUAUUUGUAGCUUGUUGCUAUGCAGCUCUAAGUCCCAUACUUGUAAUAACAACAAACCCCAAACUGCAAAUUAGCUUCUUAUACCUGUAUAAACGGAGACCCUUCCAAAAUAUGUUAUCAAGUGAUGUAAAUGUGUAUUGUAUAACAACACAACAAAACAAUGGUAAUUUAUGUUCAGCAUUACAAACAGUAUUUGACGAUGGGAAAUUCAGUGCAAAUACAUGCAGUAAAAUAAAUAAUAUUGCCAAAACUUCAGCCAGGUGAACCAUUCUCUUAAAGGGCUAAGCUAAUGUAUGAGAUUUUUUGCAUAAUGAACAGAGCAACCUCUAUCCUUCUUGUAUAUCUUGUAUACUCUACUGAUUUCAAAGGUGUUUUGAAACAUCAGCUGUAAAACAUAAAAUGUGGAUGUUGGAGUGCAAAUAAAAUCUUUUCUCCAUUUAAAUGGUUCUGAAACUAGUCAGUUAUCUAUCUUGAGAAGAGGGCCAUUUGACUUGAAAUCACAAGUUCUCAAUAAAGGGGAAAAAAAGGCAAUCCAAUCCAAA